CUCCAUACCUGCAACACACGGCGCACCUUAGGAACCGCACACCAGCUGCCUCAUUGUGCAUGCACGCUCUGAUGUGUGUGUCUCCAUGGCGAAUUCAAUACGCUGGUUUCCAUGGGGAUCAGCUGUGUGCUUCAGAGAGCAGUUUCCAUAGCAACCCGCCCCCCUUGCCCCCCCUCUCCACCCCUGACAUCAGUGUGAUGCUGGGCUGGUCGCCGCUGGGGAAAAUCUGCUGACGGAUUCUUGUGGCUCUCUAGGAUUUUAUUCUGUUCGCAUUGAACCACUAACAAUAGAAAGGCUUUGAAUUCAAGAUGGCCGACGUUCUGUUGGACCUUUUUGUCUCGCAUCACUGGACUGUUGGACAUUAGAUGCUCCAAGAAGUGUCAGUGUUUUCUGAAAUCAGGGGAUCUGAACCUGCUUACAGAUCCCCAACACGGAUCACUUCGUUCCCCUUGCCUGGUUCCGUCAAUAGACGUCCAACAAACAUUAACACACCGAUGGAGAUAAAAACAAUUGAUACCAAAUCCAGAAUCACUCAGGAUGUUUGACACCUCACAGUCCGGUAGAUUCGGUUCGACUGGAACCAGAAUUGCAACAUUUAUUCUUUUUUUUUUUUUUUGCUGUGAGUCAAACAAUCCAACCUGAUUGAAACAUGUUCCCCUCCUGGCCUGUGGGGGCGCUGCACCAAGAAUUCUUGAAGAAGAAUCUUUGUACAAGGAUUUCUCUUUAGUCUUUGAUUUCAAAGUGAAGACUUUGAGUAUUCUAAUGAUGGACCUGUUUAUCUGAACCCUGUCUCUUUUUAUGGUGUACCUCAAGGCUCUGUCAUUAGCACAUUGUAUCUUUGUUUUUUUUCUUUAUGCAGAUGACAGCAGGUUUUACCUCUUUUCUCAUUUUGAAGUAAAACCUGUAACCUACCUGAUGCCUGGACCUCUGCGAUGUAUUGCUGAAGGUCAUGACCUUGCUGGAUCACCUCAUAGAUCAUAUUGUUCAUCGCCAGCCUUCGCUCCAUGUGCCUGCAGAGCAGUCAGAUGAUAAAUUAAAUCCUGAUAUGAAGGAACUGGACAGAGAGACAGACACGCCUUCAUGCAGACGGGUAAAGGACAGACCUUCCAGGCUUUCGCAGACCUUCUCUUGGACCUUUGGAGACUUUAGUGACAUCAAAUGAGGACAAUGAAACAGCAAAAAGAAAGAUGCGACUCCAAGCAGCCAUAAGGCCACAAGUCCAGAGAGGACAGUUGGUGGAGCUGAUGGAGGAAGAGGAGGCUGUGAUGUCAGCGCUGAGGAGGCAGCUGGAGGAUGAAGGCCUGAGCCCAGAGGAGCAGAUGGUCCUCCUGAAUGAAACCCUGAACAAGGUUCUGAACUCUGCUGCAGUGCAGACAGACAGUGGAGCGCUGACUUGGGUCAAGACUCGGUUCUACCACAGCGGGGUUCUGAGUCACUGUGUCCGGGUUCUGUCUCUGAGCCCCAGCAGGCUGAGGGGGAACUGGGCCUCUGCUGCCACUCUGGCCCACCUGACCAGCUCGAGCUGCGUGGGGGUGGAGCCAGGCAGCCGCUCCGAGGCUUUUCAUAGGCUGUUCCUGCCGUCAGUGGUGGACGUUCUGCUGUCAUUGGCCAGUCAACUGAUGAGCCAUUCAGAGGCUCCGCCCCUCCUCAGGACGGUGAUGGACGCCGUGGGCUGGCUGCUCUCUGCUCACCCCCACCUCACGGCUCAGGUGCUAAGCUCCGCCCACUACGAGCGGAUCCAGAUGAGUGAUGAUCUCACUGUGUCGCUACUCUGCAUCCAGAUGUGGAUUCAAACCUGCACAGUCAACAGAGACUUCCUGUCCCAGCUGAGCGACGAAUCGACUCUGCUGCUGCUCAAUGACGCCGUGGCCCAAUUGGCUCUGAGCUCAGACGAUGCUGUGGGCGGAGCCUCCGUCAGGCUCAUGCUCCUGAUGGCCAAUCAGCUGGGACUCCGCCUGCGCUCUCUCCUGUUCAACUUUAAAGGACUGGACAGCCUGCUGGAGAAAGAUUGGAGGGGGCGGGGCUUAGAACAGGAAGUGGAUCAGCUGAUCGCAGUCAUCCGUCAGGAAGAAGCCGCCAGCCGUCAGUCAGAGGUGAGCAGUGAGCGCGUGCGGGCGGCGUGUGUGAUCCAGGCGGCGUGGCGUUCGGUUCUGACCCGGCGCAGAGUGAAGAGCCUCAGCAGAGCUGUGAGCGCGCUGCAGCGGAGAUACAGGGCGCGGCGCAGGCGUCUGCAGCAGCAGGAGGCGGCGCAGCAGUGGGAGGAGCAGCUACGCUACCAGGUGUGUGUGCGGCGGCAGCAGGCGAGGCGGCGCCUGCAUCAGAAGCAGAGGGAGCUGCUCCAGCUGCUUCCUGCCGACCAGGUGCGCCCGUAUCUGGAGGAGUGUGAGCGCCGAGCCGCCGUGCUGAUCCAGAGCGCGUGGAGAGGCUACAGGGACAGACGUCGCUACGGCGACGCUCUGAGGGCUGAGGCGAGGCGGCAGCGCGCCGCCAGGACGCUACAGAGAGCCGGGCGUCGGCUUCUGGAGAAACGACCUGCAGCUCAGGCUCCGCCCCCAACGCUGCUCUGGAUUGGUCAGGAGGGUUUGACAGACAGCCGGCGGGCGGAGCUAAAGCAGCAGGUGGAGGAGCACAUCCAGACACACAGGUCGACAUGUGUGUCGGUGGAGGCAUGUGCUGCGCUGCUUGAAGAGGUGCAGCAGCUCCUGCAGGCGGAGCUGCAGGGUGGAGCUCAGCGCAGGAGGGAGGAGCAGCAGGUGGAGGCUCUGCUGGCACAAACACACACACACCUGGAGCUGCUGCGAGAUGCCCCGCCCCUUUCGGUUGUCACGGCGGCAGAGGCGGAGUCCUUCCUGAGCCCGUCAGCGUCCAUCGCGGCUCGCGGGCGCAACGCCCACAACGCCGCGCUACAGGCGAGCCGGCUGCCCUGGUGGCGUACGCUGGGAGACACGAACUCAGGGGCGGAGUCAAGCCCCGCCCACCUGCCUGAGCUGGAGGCGGAGCUUGGAGGGCUGUUCAUCGGCGGGUUGGCGGUGGACGGCGUGAAGCUGUAGCAGUAGGAUGUGAAACAUGUGAAGUUUGUUUUUAUCUCUAAUAAAACAUAGGGAGCCGUUACUGCGUCCUAGGAAGAGGAGGCGCCGCUGCUCCUCUCUCUCAGAGCUGAAUGUGACGCUCCGCCGGUCAGCGCCGGCUCCCCUCCUCCUGA